AUGGGACUGAUUGGCGCAGUGCUGCUCGACUCCUCCUCCUCGCUCCUCAUCUCGCUGCUAUUGGCCCAGCUGCCCGUAUUCACAUCGGCCUCUCCUGUGCCCCAGCGGCGGCCCUCUGACAUGGAUAAACUGUCCAAUCAGACCAAAAAUCUAAUGAAGAUCACCCAAGAACUGCUGAGGGAGCACGCUUUUGACUCAGACGUGGAGCCACACAGGUUCAGGUCUCUGCCAGAAAUGAGCAACAGAUCAGCCAAUGACCUCAACAAUCUUGAGCUGAAGCCCACACUCUCUCAGCUACAUGCCGACCUGAAGCUGUAUGAGCACCACUUUGAGUGGCUCAACAAGGUUUCAAAGAGACACCACCACCCUGCUGUGCCUAAGCUGGUGGAGAUGAUCAGGGAGAUGAAAUCUCUCAUCACCAUGCUGCAUCGUCAGAUGCUGAGAGUUGAAGCACCCAGGUUGACCCCGGCGACCCCCUCCCUCCCCCCUAACCUUCCCUAUCAGUUUGAUGUCCUGCAGUCCAGCCAUGAGCUUCUUCAACACUUCAAGCUCUUCUGUGACUGGGCAUACAGAGCAUUUAUCACCCUCAAACCCAAAGUAUCUGCAGUACAAUGAUGAUCCCAGCUCGUUCAGUCUUUCCCUUACAACUGCUUGGCAGCAGAGCCAGUGAGGAGUCCUGCCUCAGCCAAAGGGGGAAUCAGGACCAUGUCAAUGUGCACUGUAGUCAAUAGCCUGCCUUGAUCGGCCCAAACGUCAACUAAUGACAUGUGUGUUGAAGAAUGUGUCUUUCCAUCAGCGAUAAUAAGGAUGCACUACACUGCAGCCAGUUAUAACCAUCAAGAUUUGCAUUAAAGCAAACUGCCAGUUUAACAGUGAUCACACCAUGAUUCCCCAAACUCCUCCAAGGGCUUUGUUCAUGACUAUGUUAUUUAUGUAUUUAUUUAUUUAUUGAUUUUAAUAAUUUAUUUAAUUGUAUUUAUUUGAAGUUGUAAUGUUUCACUCUGACUUUCUGUACGUGAAUUUAUUUGCUCACAUCUUUGUAAUCUUCUUUUAUGUCUUGUGUAUCACUGACCCUCAUGAGAAAAAAAAAACACAGUAGCACUUGCUGAACCUAUAGCUCUGAUAAUUCCUCUUUGUGUAAACUGACUUUAUCUAUUUUUUAUUUGUGUAUUCCUCUAGCCAAACAUUCUUCCAGUAGAUGUAGCAUACAUUUGAGACUGCCAAGGUUUUCACUCUCUCUCACAGUGUCCUUAAAGUAAGCAUUUUAAAGAUGUAAAUGUUCUUUUCUACUUGCCUCGUCUUAAUGUAUCAAUCAAUGAUCCAUGACGUUAAUUUGCAAUUGCAUUUAUAUGAAAAUGUCAAAACAGUAGCCAAAGAGAAGUGAUUACUUUCUUUUUACCACAGGCAGAGUUUCUAUUUUGUUGCCUGUUUUUUUUUUUUUUUUGCAUUUAAAAAGAGGAGGCAUUUGUAAUAUUGUGGUAAAAUUGAAUGAAUGUGCCCCGUUGUUGAGCACUGAUGAACCUAAUUAGAUUCUUUGCACAAUCUUGUUGGGAUUAGCCUCUUAGAUGAGGUGGCUGAUUUUAAACCUGUGCUUUUGGGUAGAAAAGGUUGUUUUAUUUUUAGUUGAACACCCAAAGCCUUAAAAUACUAUGUAUUGUGACACUAUGUUCUGUACAUGUGUACAUAAGUGUACAAGAAUGCAAAUUGUUGUAUACAGUACUUUUGUUUAUUGUGUUGUUUUCUACAAUAUGAUAUAGAUUACUUUACCAAUUUUAUCACUAUACAUUUUUGUUCAUUCUUAUUCUAGUAUUUGUUACAGUAUUGACUAUUUAUUUAAGUGACUUGGUGGAACUAUUUAUUUUGUGUUGGUGGAGCAAGCCUCCUAUCUUUUUGUACUUUUAUACAGUUUUUAUUCUUAUUUACUAUUAUUAUAUCAUUAUGUUUAAAUUAUUUUUGUUACAUCAAGAUGCCUUUUCCACACACUGAUUGGCCUCAAUGUGAAAUAUGUGCCUUGGUGAAAUAAAUAUUAAAGAAUGUGCACAAUG